CUUAAGUCUCGUUAAAUCCUUAGCCGACCAUAUCGCGAGACUUUUGGUUCGAUUAGCCUGCAUCGCUCAGGCCCAACCGGCUACCUAUUUUCACUGGGAGUGGACCCCAUACAGAGUCCCAGCUCUGUCUUCAUCAGCAUGCUCGAGCCAUUCCAUCUCCUCAUUCUCGGUGCGAUAACGGCUAUAGGAUACAUCCUAAGUCAACGCGGCCUCGAUCCUCGUGAGCCACCGGAAGUGCACAGCAAGAUUCCCAUCAUCGGUCACAUCCUCGGUUUGAUGCGCCAUGGUAUGGGAUAUUUCAGUCGAAUUGCGGCGGAAAACUCCUCCCACCCGAUCUUCACGAUCAACCUCCUCACCAACAAGCAAUACAUUGUCACCUCCCCGUCCCUGAUGCAGGCAGUCCAGCGCAACAAAAGAACACUCAAAUUCGCGCCUCUCGUCAACUUCACUGCAGAGCGUUUUGCCGGAAUCCCUGAGUCUGGGAUGAGUCUUCUCCGCGACAGGGAAGCCGGUGGUGCGGGACUAAGUGCAGGGACAGUGCACGCAAUGGAAAAGACGCUUAUCGGGCCGUCAUUAGAUCGCAUGAAUGAGGAGAUGGCGAGAAUGCUGAGCCCGCUCGUGGAUGAGCUUGUAGCGAGCCCUCAAACAGUUGAUCUGUAUGCGUGGUGUACACGUGCAAUCACGGCCGCAAGCACAAAUGCCUCAUACGGCCCGAAGAACCCGUACAAGGACUCGGCAAUCGCGGAUGCAUUCUGGACCUUCGAAACGAACAUCGCCCCGCUGAUAACAGGGGUCUUUCCCUCCAUCAUGGCGCGAAAGGCGUACAGGGCGCGCGAAACAACUUUCGCCGCAGUUCUGACGUACUUCCAAACAAAAGGCCAUGAGCAAGGCUCGGAACUCACAAAGACCCGGUAUCGUGUCAUGCACGCUGGAGGCCUUUCAGAUACAGAUAUCGCGCGCGCCGAAGUCUCUAUGGGACUGGGCCUGCUCUCAAACACCGUCCCCGCCGCAUUCUGGGUUCUCUUUGAUCUGUAUUCCAGGCCGAGUUUGCUGUGUGAGAUCAGAAGGGAGGUGAUGAAACAUGCGGUUCGCGUUGAGAAUACGCAGACGCCUAUGGGGAGGAAGCGUAUAAUCGAUAUCUCGGCGCUCCGCGACUCAUGCCCUCUCUUAGUGUCAGCGUAUCAAGAGAUCCUGCGGACUCGGUCUGUCUCGGCUGUUACGCGCGUGGUCACGGAGGACACAGUGCUUGACAACAGAUAUUUCCUCAAGAAGAGCGGGGUGGUGAGCAUUCCUGCCUCAGCAAUUGGUGCGACUGAAUCCGUUUGGGGCCCUGAAUCAGCGAGUGAGUUCAAUCCGAGACGGUAUAUGAGGCAAACCACCCCCCAUGGCAGCACGAGUCCCCGCCGGACAGGCGGCUUUAUGAGCUUCGGCGUCUCACCGACUAUCUGUCCAGGACGACAUUUUGCCUCUUCGGAGAUUUUGGCUCUUGUGGCCAUGGUGAUCUUGAGGAUUGAUCUGACUCCUGUGGAUGACGGGGCCUGGAAAGCACCGGAGAAAAACUCAAUGGCUAUUGCUUCUGGGAUGUGCCCGGUGAAGGGAGAGUUUUGGGUCAAGGUGGCUAGGAGGGAGAGUGAAGGCGAAGGAGUAGAGUGGGCAGUCGAAGCGAGGGAGGGAAGUGGGAUGUUUAACCUGAUGGUCGGUUGAGUCUUUAAGAAGUGAGAGAAGAAGGCAUCUUUACAGUCUGGUUUGAUUGAAGAUAACCUAAGGUUUUCGAGGGAUCGCCGCUAGCUAUCUAAGGCCAGCAUGAUGCCUUUCACCAUCCUUGAUAGCCAAAAUAUAAAAUAUAAAAAUAAUAAAAAGAAGGUAGAGGUUCACCCUGUGCAUCAAGC